AUGUGCACAUUAAUUGUAAUUGCGCAAGAGAUCAGUGAACCAGUUGGAAAUUAUUUGUGGCAUUUUGUUCCUGGAAAAGCUGCCGAGUUUAAAAAAUCAGCCAAGAUAAUUCCAGAUAACAUUGUUGAGUGGCUGAAAGAGAAAAAUAUUGAUGAUAAGCUUCUGGCUAGUGGUGGUGACAGUACCAAUACAAACACUGGCAGACAUGGUGGUGUGAUGCAGUGGGUUGAAAGAAAGCUUGGCAGAAAUCUUGUUUGGUUGCGUGAGCUUUUGAGAAGCCAAGACAAAGAAGUGAUGCAGAUAGCGAUGCCUGUGGUAAAAAGAUCAGUAUGGUAUGCACAUUCUGAAGCUGUCAUCCAGACACUGAUUUGUAGUGACAAGGAGGAAGAAAAAAAAGUUGGAAUUGAAAAGAUUCUUGAGAUCAGAGGAAAUGCAGAUGAGAAUGUUCAGAUGGAGGAUAUGAGUUUAAAAAAAUUUCAGUAA